AUGACGGGCCACCGGGGUAGGCGGCGGGACCGCAGUCACCGGCGCGGUGGCCGCGGCGAGGACCGAAGUCCAGCAGUGGCCAAGUACCGGUCCCCACGACGCCAUCAAAGCGCCGGUGGCAAAGGACGUGACCAACGGUCAGCGUCGCGGCGUUCCUCUGUCUCCCAUUCCUCAUCGCGCAGCGAAAGGAGACGCCGCGUGGCCGUCGUCGGCGCCGCUUGGCUACUGGCCGUAGUCCUAACCGUUCUGGGGGGCGUUGGCAUCGGCACGCUGGCCGUGCGCUACGCAGACUUCUUCCAGCGUGUGGCGUCUCCUUCGGCCCCUUCGCCCCGGAGCUACCGCCCAGCGCGGAGGUUGGAGCCCGACGGCUCGUACAUGGACUCCCCGGGCUUCACCAAGAACAAGGGCGCCGAUGCCGUCCCGGUGGAGACGUGCGACUCGGACGUCUGCCUCUGGGAAGGGCGCAACUUGUACGAGAAGUUCAACGAGUCCGUGAACCCGUGCAACGACUUCUACGGCUAUGUCUGCGGCUCCAGCAGCUGGUACCGGGACAGCCAGCGCAUUGACACUCGACCCUACCGCAUACACAGCCCAGGACAGCUCAUGUUCGACCUGGCCGACCUGCAACGGCGCCUGUACCGGCUUCGCAAUGACCGGUACCACCAACAGCCGACGCUCUUCACAAACCAGCUACUCUUCUUCCUCAGCAACUGCACCCAACCAGAGAAGAACGACUCGGUAUGGAUUACCAUGAAGAAGAUAUUUGUCGAAAAUCUGCUCCAAGGAUGGCCUUUCAAGAAGGAUCCUAAGACUUUGAGGAUCUCUGACACAUCCAUGGUCCUGGACAAGUACAUCGGCCUCUUUGCCUUCGUCAAGGUGUCUCUGCGCAAGGACCUCGAAGACGAUGACUACGAGGUGCACCUUGAGGCUCCGGAGCUCAUGCUCAAAAGACACCAGCUCGUCUACCCGUACGAAUCCGUGGCCGACUACGCCAAGCGAGUCGAGAGACUACUAUCAAUAUUCACCAACGCGAGCAUGGUGAAGGCCGCCGAGGACAUCGUGCAGUUAGAACAAAGACUUUUGAUGAUCAAGGAGCCCCGAAGGUUUCUUCCGUACGAUAACCGAACGGCCACCAUCAAGGAGCUGCAGCGCCGCAACGCGUGGCACUGGCUGACCUACCUGAACUUCCUGAUGGAAGACGCGGGCGUCCAGUUCCACCGACAAUCCAGCGUGGUCCUGCUGGACCGCGAGUACGUGACGCGCCUCUCCCACAUGCUGAGCAAGUUCUCGGGCAAAACGCUACUCAACUACCUCGGCUACGCCAUGAUCGUCAAGUUCUCCCCAUUGCUACCCAGCGACGUCGACUUCGUCGUGCCGCUGAGCCACGACAACUACCUCGAGACUGUGCCCGAGCUCCUUCAGGCAAUGGCGCGUAUGACGCUGGGCCGGGAAAACGCGACCAGGCCUCACUGGCGCUAUGACGAAGAGAUGCACAAGCUCGUAUACAUCGCCCGGGAGAGCAUGAAACAGACGGUGCAGCGGGCACCCUGGCUUAGCCAGGCUGAAGUCGACGCCGCUUCGCAGAAAAUCGAGAAGCUUCGGGUCGACUUCCUGGCUGCCAGGGAGAGCGAGGAACAGGUGAACGCUUACUACCCACAGUACGUGAGUCCGUUUCCGGCUGACGACGCUCUGCUGGGCUACUACAAGCUGCUGAACGAGACCAUGUCGUUCUACUGGAUCACCAACGGGUCUUACGACCUGGACGCCCGCUACCAGGCGUCCUCUCUGGUAGCCGGAGAGGUCGAGUACGUCGCCGAGAAGAACCUCAUAUUCAUCCCGCACGGCCUCAUCGCGUUCGCCAGCAACAUCACGCAGACGUUCGAUCCGCUCUUUGUGCCUAUCAUCGUGCCUGCCAUUUUGCGAGCCAUGUUUGCGGCCGUCGACUUGCGCGGUUCGACCGUCAACUUCCAGAAUCAGGUGGUCAACUGGUGGUCGAACGCCAGUCGGUCAAAGUUCACCUCGAAGCUGCAGUGCUUCCAGGACCAGUACGCGGCCGAGGCGCAAGCAGUCCUGGCCCUCGACAUCGACGAGGACUUCUUCCUGGACGAGAACGUCGCGGACAACGCCAUCAUGCACCCGCUCCACGACGUCUACCGCAAGGCGAUGCACCUGUCGCGUCACACGUCCCGCGAAUCCCGAGUGCCGGGCCUCGAGUCUUUCACCAUGGACAAGCUGUUCUUCGUGAACUACGCCAUGGCCCACUGCGACCGCAUCAGCCCGAACCUGGCACGCAGGCGGGUGCUCUACAAGGACGGAGUGCCGGCCAAGCUCCGCGUCAACGUGCCGCUCAAGAAUUACCCCAAGUUUGCCGAGGUCUUCAAGUGCCAGUACAACGCUCCGAUGAACCCGGAGCGCCGUUGCGAGCUUUGGUGA